AUGGUCGGCCGCUUCACCUUAGUCAGGGACCAGCUCUACAAGAAGGUCUUCUCUAGUCCAUUGCUUAAAUGCGUUGGAUCAGAGGAUGCUGACUAUAUACUGCAAGAAGUACACCAAGGCUCCUGUGGAGGGCAUUCUAGCGGUCGAUCGCUAGCAAAGAAGAUCCUGCUGGUGGGGCAAUUCGUCGGAUGGAAACUCAAAGAGUGGUGUGAGGAGUAUGGCAUCCAGCAGGCCUUCACCUCCGUAGCGUACCCUCAGAGCAACGGACAAACUGAAGUCGUCAAUCGGGAGAUCUUGUGGAUUUUCCGAGUUUGGCUCGACCACAUCAGAGGGAGCUGGGUGGACAAGCUCCCCGGCGUGUUAUGGGCAAUUCGAACAACUCCUAAGGAAGGUACGGGUGUAACCCCGUUCCACCUCGUAUACGACGAUGAGGUGGUCGUCCCGGUCGAAGGGGGAGUCGAGUCUAAUCGAAUACAGCACUAUGACGAAGACAACAUCGAGCGGAGGCUUCUGGAGUUGGACUUCAUGGAUGAGACGCAUGACAAAGUAGUCGUUCGGCUAACGGCUUAUAGGAAAAGGAUGAGGCAGAGCUACAAUGGAUGA